AUGGCGUGGGGAUAUUGGUCGGCGUCUGCCGUUUUACCCGAUCGUGGCCGGAGCCCUCGCCGCGCCGGCACCUCGGUGGUACACUCGCAUCCCAACCCACCGACGGCGAGGGAAGUUCUCGAAUCACACGAAGAAAGCAUAAUACACACGGCCUCGACGUCGAGAGAUAGUCGCGAUCACUCCGCCUCGCCUCACUCGUCAUCGAACGGCGGUCACUCUCAUCACCACGAAGUGAGGCACGCGGUGCCAGCCAGUGCUCUGUUCGGUGAAAGUUACGGGGAACUUUCUAGAAGACCUUCGCUCGAUCUCGGGUCAGUGAGAAGUGCUUUAGCAUCGUGUUCGGGCGGGGGGACGUUAAGUGCGGGGUCUACACUAACACGCGGGGGGACGCUAGCAGACUACCUUCCGCCGACGCCCUGUCCGCACCACCACAGAGUGUACGUGGACCACCACAAACAUUACGAACAACCCAUUCAGCCCGUGCAUGUGGGAGUGCCGCACCACUCACACUCACAUGCCUCGAGUAGACACCACACCGACGACGAGGACGAUCUCGAACCGGCUUACGCAACAGGUAACAUUGUAGGCGUCCUAGCCUCCAAUGUAGGCCUCACACCGACCUACUUCGAGAAGGUAUUACUACGCGUUCAAACUCUUAAAAUGUAUCUUCAGGCUUUGUAA